UGACUUUGCUUAUUUCGUUUGGGAUUUAUCUUUUUUUUUUUUUAAUUUUGAAAUUUCUGAAUCUAGUCAGAGAGAAAGAGUGAGUGAGAGAGGGGAGGGAGAUUUCCAUAGACAGCUAUUUCCCACCUCUGCCCAAGAUGAUGCAGAGCUCGGCCGUCACCACGGAAGGGUCUGUCAAGGGGCUCCCGGACAUCCUCGGUGUACCGAUGCAACAGAUCCCUCAGUGUGCCGGCUGCAAUCAGCACAUCUUGGAUAAAUUCAUCCUCAAAGUCUUAGACAGGCAUUGGCACGGCUCCUGUCUUAAGUGUGCGGACUGCCAGAUGCAGCUGGCCGACAGGUGCUUCUCCAGAGCAGGGAGUGUCUACUGCAAGGAAGACUUCUUCAAGCGUUUUGGGACAAAAUGCACGGCUUGCCAACAGGGCAUCCCCCCCACCCAGGUGGUCCGGAAGGCCCAAGACUUUGUUUACCACCUCCAUUGUUUUGCCUGCAUCAUCUGCAACCGCCAGCUGGCCACUGGGGAUGAGUUCUACCUCAUGGAGGAUGGGCGGCUGGUGUGUAAAGAGGACUAUGAGACGGCCAAGCAGAAUGACGACUCAGAAGCGGGGGCUAAGAGACCUCGGACCACCAUCACAGCCAAACAGCUGGAAACACUCAAGAACGCCUACAAGAAUUCUCCCAAGCCUGCCCGGCACGUGAGGGAGCAGCUGUCUUCUGAGACGGGGCUGGACAUGCGGGUGGUCCAGGUCUGGUUCCAGAACCGGAGAGCCAAAGAGAAACGGCUGAAGAAGGAUGCCGGUCGUCACCGCUGGGGCCAGUUCUACAAGAGUGUCAAGAGGAACCGGGGAGGCAGCAAGCACGAGAAAGAGAGCUCUGCAGAGGACUGUGGGGUUAGUGACAGUGAGCUGAGUUUCCGAGAAGAUCAGAUUCUCUCAGAUCUCGGCCACACCAAUAGAAUUUAUGGCAAUGUGGGGGACGUUGCAGGCGGACAGUUAAUGAAUGGGAGCUUCUCCAUGGAUGGGACAGGACAAUCCUAUCAGGACUUAAGGGAUGGGAGCCCUUAUGGAAUUCCCCAGUCUCCGUCUUCCGUAUCAUCCCUGCCAUCCCACACUCCAUUACUCAAUGGGCUGGAUUACACAAUGGACAGCCAUUUGGGAAUCAUUGCACAUGGAGGGCAGGGAGUGACCCAGACACUGAGAGUGAUGGCUGGGGGACCUACCUCGGAUAUCUCUACAGGGAGCAGUGUUGGCUACCCAGACUUCCCAACCAGUCCAGCUUCCUGGCUUGACGAAAUGGAUCAUCCUCCUUUUUAAGUGACUCUGCUUCCCACCCUGCUUAUUCUUCUGGCUUGAGAGUCCAUUCAAGUAUCAAGAGACAAAUAGACUUUUCAUGGAUAAUAGAUGCACCAAUAUGAAUUUCCAUUAUUUUCAAUGGAAGUCCUCUACUGAUUCCUGGAAGAUUGUGAUGUGAUAAUCCUAGGGUAUUGUUCUGUGGGGGAAUUGGUGGGAGCAGAGGAUUCCCUCUGGAACACCGUGGGGGAUGGAUAAUGUAUGGCUCUAUGACUAGGGCUCUAAGGAAUGCUGACUUGUUGGUUCUUCCCUUCAUUCCCCACACUUACAGGCUUUGCUGGUCAUUACCCUGGAAGCACGUAUUCACCAUGACUGCUUUGGGAACUCCACUUCCUCUGGUGUGUUUUCAUUGAAUGCUUCCCAAAUCAUUGCCUUUACUAGGAAAUGAGCUUCUUGCAGCAGAAGUAGCAGACUCAAACUCCCUUGAAUUAAAAAUGCUUUCUGGGCCAACUUUACCCAAACCUAAAUUUUGAAGUACAGUCAUCUGUUCCUGAAGUCACUGGAAACAAUGACUGCCAUGUUUGAUAGAAAAGCACUUCUCAUAUUUUUGGUGUGAAAAGAUGACAUCUCCCCUCUACUUAUGUCAGUGUAUUCUUGAUUUAAAAAAACAACCCCAUGAACAUGACCUUAGACUUGUCUUUUGGAGAUGAGAAAUGACUAUUCUCCUGAUUGACAUCUGGACAUUUUUGUUCCCUGAUUGUGAUGUUAUUUGCUAACUUUACUUCCUCUACAUUCAGGCUGAAAAUCAGAAAGAUGAUGAAAGGCUAAACUAUGGAGACAACAAUGUAGAAAGAUAAUCAGAGAAAAUAAAUCUUGGUGAAGAUGCAGAUUCCAAAAUGUAGUCUGUUCAACCGUAUCAACUAGCAUAAGGUUUGCUUAGAAAGACAGUCAUGCAGAGAAGCAAAGCAGAGAGACUAUGUUUAGAGUUCAUUUGGAGUUGAGCUUUCAGGGUACCCUUGGGGGUAACCCCCCCAUUUAAAACAUAAAGGCCUUCUGCAGUGCUAAUGAGUCAUUCUGGACCUUCCACAUAGAUAUACAUUGGUUCAUCAAAGGUUAGAAUUAGAUCGACAACUUAAAAGUGAUAGAAUGGAACUAAAUCUCAAAUUUCCUGGGGGGAGGGAGUGGGGCAGGAAUCUUACAUGUAAUUACAUCAAAAAGACCCAAAGAAGCCUUGCUAUUUUGCCAAUUUCUUUUGGGUUCCCUGGUCUGUCGUACUACAUAUCAUUAGAAUUAUACCUGGGCCUGUUCUAGAUAAAGGUAUGCUAGGUGUAGAAAUAAAAAAAAGAAUCUCUAGGGUUCUCUGGUCCUGCUUUAUAAGAUCCACAGCCCAUAGUAGACAGCACUGUGGGGUAAUGCCAGCCCCUUACAGAUGCCUGACUUGUCUACAGAUGACAAAGCUUUUCAUAUGCAAGCUAAAAUUCUUCAUGAGGGUGGAGAAGCAAGGAACCCAUCCCUCUGUUCUCCCUAUCAUGGUGGUGAGGGGGGAAGGGGGUAUUUCUGUCUGCUUCAGACCUGCUCUGUACUCCAGCCACAAGAAACCAGUAAGGUCUGGUUUGUCCAAUGUGAACCUGGGGACCAAGGAUGCGAAGGACUCUUCUCAAAAUGGCUAUUCUGCUUUUACUGUCUGGGCCAGGGUCUCCAUUGAAGGCUUCGGGAGGCAAGGUGUGCUCAAUGUGGCAUCUCAGGACCCAGCCUUGAGUGACCCUGUUGCUUGUUUCUCAUUUGACCCUGGGCAAAUCACUUUGUCUCUCUGGGCCUCAAGUUCCUCAACUGUAAGAUGGCAGGGUGGGGUUGGACUAGAUGGCGUAGUAGGUCCCUUCCAGCUCUAGAUCUAUGGUCCUCUGACUGGGGAAAGACAUAAGGGAGGCCCAGGUCUAAAUCCUUUUUGUGUCAGGUAGCCCUUUUGAAGCCUGUGGAUUCCUCCUCAGACCAAUGCUUUCUAAAUGCAUACACUAAAAUAUGUCGUGUUACAAAGGUAACCAAUUAGAUUAAAAUGCAGUUAUCAAACACUAAAAAACAAACCAAUUCCAUUUUAUAGACUUCAUGUCAAGGAUUCCUGGUCUAAAAUGGAGAAAUAAGCAGGUUUCUCCUUUGCGGCUGUAUUCUUUGAAGGCUCCUCUUCCCAGGGCCCUUGUGCCUACUGAAGGCAGGUCCUCUCCAUGACCUAUGGCCAGCUUCUGUGGUUCAUAGCUAUGUGUAAGUACUUGCUCUCUAAGCACAGGGGCUAUGUGCGAUCAUGUUUGGGGUUUUCUGGGGAGGGGGAGGGCAAGUCAAGGGAUCUUGGGGGCUGCAAAUGAAGACUCUUCCUUAGAUUCCAUGUACGCUGAUGAUAUCUAUUACCCUGGGAAUUUCCAAGAAAUGUAGAACCUGGCUUUUGUCUCUCUCCCACCCUUUUUAUAAAACAGAAAACUGCCUACCAUCUUUUGAGUGAAUACAGCAAGAGUGGAAACCCUGAAUGUCCUGCCUGAUCCUCAGCAGGUUGCAAAGAUUGUGUGGGCUAAAAAUAAAGCCCCAUGAGUGGGAUUUCUUCAGCACUGGCAUCAGGGAUUUCCUUUAAAGCCCUAAGGAUCAAUGCUUUCCAGAACUAAUUAGCACAAUUUAGGAAAUCAACUGGUGAUUAUUAUUUUUUUUUUAGUAGCAAGCCCCACAGCAACAUCAGACUUAGUGAAAGCUGACAGCUUUGUUAGUUCUGCACACCUGCCCAGCUCCCCUCCUCCUCCCUGUAGACCCGCAGGAAUGCCAUGAGGAGCUGGUGCAAGUGAGGAGGGCUCAGGCAGGACUGUCUUGACCUGCAGCAUGAUUUGUGGUGGUAACAUGUUCAUUGUGGCUGCUCCUUGAUUUUCCUUUAUUUGCUCUCCCUUUAGAGCUCAGAAAUUCUCAUAAAGGAGCAGGGAAAAUGAAUAAGCUGGUAUAGUUCUAUGUAUUUAGGUUGCAUGGUGAAAUCAUUCUGCCUUUCAAGAAAUCUUCGAAGCACAUGUUGGUGGUCCAUUAACAAAGCAUACCCAGAGUUGCUUUUGUUUUUUAAACAAAUCCCCUUUUUGGUGAGCUACCUUUGUAGAUGGACAGGAAAGUGCCACCCACUUUACGCCCAUCCAAAUGCUCUCAUUUCCCUUUUCCAUUUAUUCUAGAAUGGGGUUCUUAGUCUUGUUUUGCAGUCUGAUGAAGCCUAUGGAACUGUUCUCAGAAGGUUGUUUUUGAAUUCAAAAACUAUAUAGGAUUUCAAAGGAAACCAGUUAAGUCAAAAUAGUUCUCAAAAUGUUUUUUUUUUUUAAAGUUCCUAGAUCCCGGGUUAAGAACCUCUGUACUUAAAGGGAGGGAGUUGGGGGAAGGGCUAAUAAUCAGAGAAGACUGGGUUCUCUCAUAGGCAGAACCCCAAGGCUUGGCAGCUUAUCCUUUGGAGCCUAAAAUGUUGCUCUGUGGCAGUUCACCUCCUUGCUCACACAAUAGGUUGGAUUUUAAAAAAUGAAAGGGAGAACUUCCCAAAAUAUUCACAGUAUUUGGCUCUGCUCUUGGCUCCAAGGGAGCAGUUAACUUGUGCCCAUCAUCUUCAGGGCUUGGCUAACAGUCUAGAUGGAAUACGCGCACCAGGCUGAUUAAAACUCUGAGAGUUUCCAGUGGUAGAAGUUAUUUUAAAAAAGGGAGGGACACGCCAAGGGACAGAGAAGUUAUCUAGGUCUAUCUGCCAAAAAUAAGUCAAACUACAAGGGAAAGAAGUAGUCUAAGGGAUAACUUGGCCCAGGGGUUCACUGAGAAUGAUUAGAUAAGGAAUAUGUAGGAAGGAAAACAACAUCCUACACUCAGACUCAAACCAUCUACAAACUUCCAUGUCUAUCUGCUGCCUGGCGAACAACAGAAGAUUUCUGAUUUGAACAAAAGCUAUUCAUGCCAGCUACGGGGCUGCUAUCUGGUCCCUGCGAGUCCUUGCUCAUACGGUCACACGGGUCUUGCCCGACACCUCAGUUCUCACUACAGAUGUUGCCGCCAACCCCAAGACAGUCGGAUAGGCUGGAAGGGCUAUGGGGGCUCAUGUUGAAGCAUUGCACUUUAAAAGUUGGAAUCUGUGAGAUGAAGAUGAAUUCAAUUAAGCGGAAAUGAGUUUUGUUUUAUUGCCUGCCGCUGAAGGGCUUGGGCAUGCUGAAAGCUAAAUAAAAAGCACAUCACUGGCACAUGCUUACUCUCUCUCAGACUGGUCCAAUGGCUUUUUUCCCCCCUUUUCCGGCAGUUGUUCCAUUGGCACUGACACAGUAACUGAGACCAAAAAAAGCUGGGGAGGAAAGAGUUCAGCAAAGCCACCCCAUCCACAUCCACCUUGCUUGAUAGGACCAAUUGAAAACAAAUUGAAAGCACAUAGCUCAUUUCAUGAUCCUAGCACUGGGAAUUGCCCAAGGCAUCAAUCACUCAUUCAUUGAGCUAAGCUGGGCAGGUUUCAGAGGUUGUUUGUAGGCUGUGCCCCAGACAGAGGAGAGUGAUACCCCCUGUGCUCCUGCAGUCAGCUACAUGGAUAGAGGCCCUAUCAAGACUUCUCACUGGAGAGAGGCGUUCGCCUGAGCAGGAGCAGGGUCAGGGCUGCAGGGUCCCAGAGGCCAGCUUGCUCUGAGCUUGCCUUCUGAGCUCCCGUCUCCCUAAGCUCCUGACCCUGUCACCCCUUACCCUUCAUGGUGUAAAUUUUGUACAGUUCCAAAGAAAUCAAGUCUUGUUUCCUGGGGAAAAAAAGAAAAAAAAGACCCUGUCUACCCACCCUUAUUUAUUUAUUCCUCUGUGUCUCUGAAUAACAGAAGCCAGUGAGUUUGUUUGUAUCUGCCUCCUGUGCGUUGGCAUGAGAUGUGUAUGGUAACACUAUGUAAAAUAAAGAUGGCAAGUUCUUAAGAA